AGGUGUGGUUUGUCAGGGAUAAAGAGAGACAGCUAUGCAAAAUCAUGUUCAGACCUGACGGACCUUCUUCCCUUCAAGAGCAAAAAGCAUGGCCUGGUCCACAGCAACGCUCGCUAAAGGCUGCUUUGGGAAAAUCUACCGGCAAAAAUACAAUGAUACCUGGGCUGCAGUGAAGAAAGUCCCUCAACAUCUCAUCGAUCGGAAAGAUCUGGAGAGAGAAUGUGAAGUUUACAACAAAGCAGAACAUCCCAACAUAGUGAAGCUUCUGGGCAACAUAACGCUCACUGAUGGUAAAUGGAUUAUUCCACUGGAGUUUAUAUUUGGAGAGGAUUUGGAGACAACUAUCUUCCAGGCAGCAAAAUCCAAAAUACAGUUGACUCCAUCAAUUAGAGCCACCAUCGUUAAUGGUAUGUGUGAAGGGUUGAUGCACCUCCACAUAAACGACAUCGUCCAUCAAGAUCUCAAGCCUGAAAACAUCAUGGUGGAACAUAGCACAAACAGAGCAGUCAUCAUCGACCUGGGACUGGCAAAGUUUUUCAGACAUGGCCUGAACUCGGCCAUAGACAUGGGGAACGAGGCGUACUCAGCUCCGGAGGUUCUCCGGGGGAGAAGCCAGCGAAGUCAGCGUUCAGAUGUCUGGGCCAUGGGGAAGAUCAUCGCUGAGCUCCACGGCCGGGUCCGGCUCCACACGCCCUCCGUCUGUCCUGCCAAAAUCAAGGAGACCAUGCAAGGUCAGCCCUACUGUGACAUUGUGUGCAAGAUGGUGGAGCCGGACCCCAGACAGAGGGCCACCAUGGUUAGCAUCAUAGACGAAAUUCGAGUAACUGGAAGAACAUUAAGAGAUAGCAGUACGCCGCCUAAACAAGACCUCCUGAAGCCACCAUCACAUGAUCACGCCGCCAGACCCAGACCCAGAUCUGCAUCACCAAUGAGAAUGAGGGGAAAUCAGUUACCAGGAAAACGAGAUAAUAAAGGCACAGAUUUAUUGAAAUGGGAGCGGACACCCAGACCAGAAAUCAAACCUCCUCGUGCCCAAAUUGGACUACCCAAGUCUCCCGUCACAAAGCUGGCAGAGAACAGAAACAGACAAGCGGCUGCAGGCGGGGCGGACAUCACGGCCGGCCUCACGAAGCUGAAGUUAAACCACGAACCCGCGAGGGAUCUUCCCAACAAGUUACCGCAAACAGGGAAGGUGAAGGUCCAGCGCGUAGAAAGGAAAAACGGGAAAAUUGAAACGUGGGAGCAGACUGUGGUGACUCAGGAUGGAAAGAUUAUCAAAUAUGAUGAUAUUAAGAUUAGCAGCACAUAAGAUAUUUAGGGUUGAAACUGUUAUGAAUCGAUUAUUGAGAUAAUCAUUACAGUAGAUUCAAAGAUCAGCCCUUCCAAUUAUUUGGAACAGUUAUUAAUCCAAAACUGUACAAAAUGUACACAUUUAUACUUAAAAUAAAAAAAACAACAACAACAUUAUUUGUCUGUAAAUAUGCUCAACCCAGAACUUUAUAAAAGGCCAUUUUAGCUUCACUUGGUUAAAAUGUAGUAAAAACAAAGAAUAAAAACAUAAAAAAUCUUCCAUAUCCAACUUGAAUAUUCACUAUAGAUGCUAUGUUUAUAGUUUUAGGCAAUAAAUUAUGUUCUUACUUAAAAAGAAAUUUGUAUUUUAUAAUACACUUCCAAUAUUAUUUAAAACAAACUUAAGCAGUUAAAUGGAAAAUGUGCAGAAUGUGUAAUUUCUUUAGCAGACUAAUCAUCAAAAUUAUCAAUAGAAAAAUUGAUUACUAAAAUAAUCAUUAGUUACAGACCUAAAUAUCUUUAGGACAAUCUGUAUCUUUAAGGACAAUUGACUUAAAAAAAAAACAAAAGAACUUUUAAGAAAACAUGCAAGUGAAGCUUUCCCGUUAAAUGUUUCUCAGAAACACGAAUGUAACAUGUGAGGGAUAAAUGUUUACAAUAUCUGCAGCCUUUUUAUGACACAACGAUGGUUUAUAGAAACAUAACCAGUAAAAGAUCUGGACAUAAAAAGAGUGAAUUGUUGAAGAGGAGGAAACUCAUCUGCAUAGUUCUGCCCUUCAGUUUGUUCAAGCCUCCACAGUGAGCCUAAUGUUUGUGAAAAGAAAAAAAAAAACUAAAAUAUGUCUUGUGAUCUUUUUUUCCUCAGUGUGUCAACAAGAAGCUGUAAUUUUUUAUUUUUUAUUUUCUACGGUUGUGUUUUUUUCAUUUUACCUGUAGUACAUCUACAUGUGUCACCUUUGUCUCUUUUGUGUUUUAUUUAUUGUCUCUCAUCUAAAACUUGUUCUACAUGCUAGUUUUUUCCAUUUAUCUUACCUGGCAUUUUUUUAUUCAGUUCAUUUGUAGUUGACUCACCUUUUCUGAAUAAAUGCAGUUUCGCUUUGA